AUAUAAAGCUGAGAGGCAGCAGAGGGAGAGCGGGCAAAAGCGACAGCACCGAAAAACCACAAGACAUUCCGCGACAUGGCCUCUCUUCCUCCUCCUCCGCCGCUGCCGCCCCUCCGGCAGCUUCCCCUGUCGUCGGAGGAUUCCGGGUACAGCGCCUCCCCCUCCCCCUCCUCCUCAUCAUCCUUGUCGUUCGCGUACAGUCCCAGUCUCCUCAUCAUCGCCGCCAUUCUCGCCUUCGUCUUCGUCGCCUCCGCCUCCAUCCACCUCCUCCUCCGCUUCCUCUCCCGCCCGUCCUCCUCUUCCUCCUCCUCCUCCUCCUCCUCCUCCUCGGCUCCGCCUCUCAUCCACCACGGCCGGUCCUCCUCCACCUCCUCCGCCUCGUCGGCGCUGUCCGAUCAGGAAAAAGCGGCCCUGAUCGAGUCCCUCCCUCUCUUCUCACUGGCCUCCGCGGUCGCCGUGCUCCCCAAGUCGUCUCCUGACUGCGCCGUCUGCCUCUCCCCCUUCCACCCCCACGACGAGCUCCGCCUCCUCCCGGCCUGCCGCCACGCCUUCCACUCCCCCUGCAUCGACACCUGGCUUAGAUCCACCCCUUCUUGCCCUCUCUGCCGCUCCUCCAUCACCCUCCCCGCUCCGCCCCUCCCGCCGCCGCCCCCAUUGUCGGCAGCGGCGGAGGACCCUCUCAGAUCCAGCAGCUUCCGCAUCGAGAUCGGAAGCGUCAGUCGCCGGAGGACGCCCUCGGAGGAGGACGCUGCCGGAGCGGCCACCUCCCUCCCCACUCCGCCUCCGCCUCCGCCUCCGCCUCCGCCUCCGCUGCCGCAGCCGCACCUGCGGUCCUACUCGCUGGGGUCGUCCUUCGAGUACGUGGUGGACGAGGAGGUAGAGGCGGUGGUGGCCCGGAUCCGGAGGGCGAAGGAGUACAAGGCGGACCCGGCGGGACCUUCGCCACCCGGGGCGGAGGUGGCGGAGGCGGCAGGCGGAGGAGGAAGAAACUGGCUCAAGGAAUACGUGGACUGGCUGGCCUCGUCGGCGUCCUCCUCCUUCUCAUCGCUCCGGUUCUCAGGGCGGUGGAGCCACCGCUACGACGACGGCGUCGGCGGCGGAGGACGGGACUCGUGGGACGUGGAGGGAAACUGUCAACAACGGGAGGGAGAGGAGAGCUAUCACGCCUUCUACCGAUGGCUCGUAGGGGCAUAGUUGUAAAUAAAUCCCACUGUAGCGGGCAAAUUCCAUUCUUCCUUUUACUUUAACCCCCCUGGUGCACCCAAUGGAAGCUUCUUCAGGAUAAAACCACCAGGCAUGCAAAAGAGUCGCUGUUUUCAGAAGAAAUUACAAGAAUGCGAUCCCGGCGGCGGAGGCUCGGGAGUCGGCGUUCCUUCUUUUCUUCCCUUCCUUUCUGCCAGGAUUUGCUACUGUCAUCCCGACGAAUGGGGAUUUAAGAACGGCGUGACGAUAUCAAAUCGCACCGGCACCGAGUGGAAUUAGACGUUCGAAAGACUGUUAAAUGUGGGAGGCUGGUGGGUUCCGCAGCAUUGUUGGGAGUGUUUUGCUUGUUCCUGAGAGAUUUUUACUUCAGUGUGGACUCCAGGAGAGGAAUGUGGAAGGAGUGAGAACAGAGGGGUUGGAAUUUUGGGUGGGGGGGAUCACUGAUGAAGGGAGACAAGCAUCUCUCCCUCUCUUUCAAUGCUCUCAUUAAUAGCUCAUUGUUCCACUGCCAGGCGCCAGCACCCAGUUAGCUGAAUGUAUUCAUGGUAUGUAUGGGUGGGUCGAUACGAAAAAGGGUAAAGUUUCUUUUCCCACAGAAUAUUGUCAUGUAAAAAGGAAAGUUGAUGUAUAGUGAAUGUAUACUUUCACCCAUUAUUUGUCAACCUACUUUUUAUGUCUUACUCCAAGUUAUUAUGGUUGUAACGUUAACAUGAAGAAUGAGUAUUAUGUGUCGAUACUGUCAC